AUGACAGUAUACGGCAUUAAUCAAUACAAAUCCGAUUACGAGGUUAUUAUACCCAGUAACUUUUCGAGUUUUGUAAGCAUUACCUUUUGUGGAGAUGCCAUUCGUGGAUUCGAAAUCGACAGUCAUAAAAUGAAGGCUGAUAAAGUUUUUGAAAAGACUGUUCUUGGUAAAAAGUACAUAACAUUCAGUAGUAGCAUACCGGAAGGAGCUCAUAUAAUUACAAACACCAAUGGGAUAAGAUUCGGAUUGUGGUUAUAUGGAAAUCGUAGAAAUGACGGAUAUGGUUAUCCUGCAGGAAUAGCGUUCCGAAAUAAAGGCGACUGA